CGGUUUUCUUGACCAACUUCUGUUUGUUAACCCCCUCCUCCCCUCUUAUAUAUGUUCCACUCCCAUCUUCCCUGUUCCUGAGGGGUCAAUCUUUCUUGGUGUCCUGUCCUAGGGUUUCUUGAUUUCGCGACAGAUCGCCAUCGAAUUCUCGGAGCUUCGCAAAUUCCCGGGGUUUAAAGAUGCCGCCUUUCUCGUGCCCCACCGCGCUUCCCAAUGGGUUGCAUCCUGCGAAGGCGGACACCAACGUGGUGACCAUCAACGUGGGUGGCCAGAUUUUCCAGACCACCAGGCAGACCCUCGCCCUCGCCGGCCCCGAAUCGAUCCUCUCCGCCGUCGCCAAGUCCCAAUUGGCUCACCCCGGCGAGCAUUUCGUCGACCGAGACCCCGAAUUGUUCUCCGUCGUCUUGUCCCUCCUCAGGACCGGCAACCUGCCGUCGAAAGCUAAGGCCUUUGAUCUUCAGGACGUGGUCUCCGAAUCCCAGUUCUAUGGGGUCGAGUCCCUUUUGGUCAGUUCCGCGUCGAACCCGUCUCAGUUCGAAGCCUUCAACCUCGAGAAAUCGCUGGCCUUGCCGCUGAAUGGCCGCGACACGCCGUCGGCGAUCGCCGCCACGCCGUUCGGGUCCCUCCACGUCGCGCACGGGAGCAAAAUCACCUCGUUCGAUUGGUGUUUGGGGAGGAAGAAGACUAUCCUGACUCAAUUCACCGCCGUCGACUCGCUGCUGCCCAUCUCGCCGGCUGUAGCCGCGGCUGGCGCCACCGACUUUUCAGGUUUGCAAAUACUCGAUCUUGAGAAUGGGUCUGUUAGAGAGACUUUGAAUUGGGAGAACGUGACUAGGUCUGGUUCCACUGUGCAAGCGAUUGGUUCGUCGGGCGAGUACUUAUUUGCUAGCUUUGAAUCUGGUCGGAGGAACUCGAAUUCGAUCUUGGUUUAUGACUUGCAGAGCUUGAGCCCAGUCGCGGAGAUCGGUCAUAAUGAGAUUUUCGGUGCUGAUCUUGAUUCAGCUAUUCCAGCAACGAAAUUGAAGUGGAUUCCAAGUUAUAAUCUCUUGAUGGCAUCCGGGUCUCAUGGCGGGCCAUCGGGUGUAUCGGGCAAUAUCAGAUUGUGGGAUAUAAGGACGGGGAGCAUAGUUUGGGAGGUGAAGGAUAAAGUUGACUGCUUUUCCGAUGUUGCAGUGUCGGAUAAUCUAUCUGCCAUGUUUAAGAUUGGUGUGAAUUCAGGCGAGGUGUUUUAUGUGGAUUUGAGGAACUUGGAUGAUGAGAAGUCUUGGGUUUGUCUUGGAGAUAGGAGAAAAUUACUAAAUGGAAAGAAAGAAGGAGUUGGGUGUAAAAUUGAGAGUCAUGGGAAUCAGGUCUUUUGUACUAAAAAGGGCGAUAUAGAGUUGUGGUCAGAGGUGCUGAUCAGCUCUCGGAAGAAAAGCGACGACGGUUUAGGAGAGAGGGUAUUCAGGAAGAACUUAAUAGGAAGAACAAAAGAUAUGGGAGGAGCUAAGAUAACCAACUUGGCUUUUGGGGGGAACAAGAUGUUCGUCACCAGGAAGGAUCAGCAGUCUAUUGAGGUUUGGCAGAGUUCAGUAAGAGGAUUUUGAUCCCAAAAAACUAAUGUGGAUUAUUAGAUUGUCGGCACGGUCUGCGAAUAGCAUUGUGUUGUGAAAUACAUUGUAACUGAUUCUUUUGUAAAUAUUUAUGUUGGUUCUUCCCCAAGCAAGAAAUUGUAGCAGAAUGAGAUGUAGUCAGUUGAAUUUAGAUACUUGUUUCCUGUCA